AUAGUUAUUUUACGCCUAGAAAAUUAGGGUUGAGGUUGACAAAACUGAGAUUGAAAAUACUAGCAAGCAUCACAUGUUCCGAAGCUUAUAUUAAAGUACUAAUGUGGGAAACCUCGGAAAAUUAGGUGUACCAGACUUAGCAACAUAUACACAUUCAUUAGCUCCACUAAAGAGAGUGUCAUUUUCCAGUUCAAAUCAAUUUGAUUUCAGUUUAGAGAAAUAAAAAAAAUGGCAUCUUUGUUUAUUGGGUCAUUUCAGACACCAUCAUUUCCAGUUGCAGCAGAUUUCUCUCCACUCAAAACCAGUAUGCGCACUUCCAAAAUUUGCACUUUUUUUCUUUGCCUACUGCUAAUUGAUUCACAUGCAAUAGUACGAGUUUUGAAGUGUAAAGCAUGGAAGAGAGCAGAAAAGCACUUUUAUCCAGAAAAGCACUUUUACACUUCUGUGAAGUUGCACAAGCAGUAUAUGACACAAGAGCAUGUUGGAAGCAGUGAUGGAAGCAUUAUUGCUGAGGAUAAAAAACUUAAAGGGAGGCUUUUGGUGCAUGCAUCAUCUGAACACUCUCUUGAAUCUCAACCUUCCAAGAGUCCUUGGAACUCGGUGCAUGAUGCUGUAGAUGCUUUCUACAGGUUCUCGCGGCCCCAUACCAUAAUAGGAACAGCAUUGAGCAUAAUUUCAGUUUCUCUCCUUGCAGUUGAGAAGUUCUCUGAUUUUUCACCAUUAUUUUUCACUGGGAUGUUAGAGGCCAUUGUUGCUGCCCUAUUCAUGAACAUAUACAUAGUUGGUUUAAACCAGUUGUCUGAUAUCGAAAUAGACAAGGUAAAUAAGCCAUAUCUUCCGUUAGCAUCAGGGGAAUACUCUAUGCAAACUGGAGUGAUUAUCGUGUCGUCUUUUGCCAUUUUGAGUUUUUGGCUUGGAUGGAUUGUUGGUUCCUGGCCUUUGUUUUGGGCUCUUUUCAUCAGUUUUCUACUGGGAACUGCCUAUUCAGUAAAUCUACCUCUUAUGAGAUGGAAGAGAUUUGCUGUGGUCGCUGCAUUGUGCAUCUUUGCUGUGCGAGCGGUGAUAGUUCAGAUAGCUUUUUAUUUGCAUAUUCAGACUUAUGUUUACAGAAGACCAGUUGUUCUUUCAAGACCUUUGCUAUUUGCAACAGCAUUUAUGAGUUUUUUCUCAGUUGUAAUAGCAUUAUUCAAGGACAUACCUGAUAUUGUUGGUGACAAGAUCUUUGGAAUUCAAUCUUUUACUGUCCGCUUGGGUCAAGAGAGGGUCUUUUGGAUUUGUAUUUCACUACUUGAAAUGGCUUAUCUUGUUGCCAUCUUAGUUGGUGCAACAUCUUCCAACAUCUGGAGCAAAUAUUUUACUGUUCUGGGUCAUGCUGCUUUGGCUCUUUUACUUUGGACUCGAGCCAAAUCAGUUGACUUUAGUAAAAAAACAGCAAUAACAUCCUUUUACAUGUUCAUAUGGAAGCUUUUCUACGCAGAGUAUUUGCUCGUACCGCUUGUGAGGUGAAUGACUAAGCGCAUGAAUAAUACAGCCUUUCACCUUUAACCGUGAUGGAUGUAAGUGUGGUUAAAUUAGCUGGCAGCUUGUCAAUUCUUGUAGAUUUUUGAAAAUUAUUUGAAUUCUGGUAAAUGUAGUUUUGGGUAAAGAUCUUGCACCGAAUUGUGUUCAUUCUUACUGUUUAUGAUUAUUCAAAUUAAUUGUUUGAUUAUCAGCUAAA